AUGCGCAGAAUACCACCGCUGGAGCCCUUCAGCGAGCAAAUUGAGCUCAUAGAGAAACUACGAGCCCAAAGCUUGUCCCUCAGCCAAAAUCACCCCUACCAAGGCCAUCAGAAAAACAGGAAAUGGAUCCAAAGCAGUUCAUAUCAUCAGAGCCAGAAAAACCACAAUCAGCAGUUUGCGUUGACUGCGGUGGCGGCAGCAGCUGCCAUCAAGCAGAACCAGUACCUACCUCCACUACAUGGCGACAACAAUACGGGCCUCUCCAGCUUCGAUCACACGAAAGACAUAAACGGGUAUCACAACAGUACCACUCAAUCUCCUCGAAUCUCGCUAAUGUAUCUGAACUUGGAGCAUAUGAGCCAGUGGUAUGUGAACGGCAGCAAGGAUGCGGAUACGAAGCACAAGAACACCAGCAGCACCGGCAGACCGUUUUCGUCCAACAUGUUCACGACCCCGUCUAAACAGCUCUACAACAGCGACUCGUCGUCGUCGACGAACUCGCUACUUUCUCAGCAGAGCACAUCUACGAAAAUUCUGACUCCAGGUCACCCUUGCGUGAGCCACCCGGCUUACACUGAGCCAAACACUAAUAUUAGCGAACUGGUUUUGCUUUCCAAUUUGGCGAAGCUGCAAUUCGGCUCUGAACCUGACAGCUUGCAUCUUGGUUCGAGCCCUGUGCCUUUGGCUCUGUCUGACGUCUACCGCUCGAUUUGGACGUCUCCAGUGCAGACGGGGUCCAGUGGAUGUGGCAUCUCGUUAAGUGAGCCUGGAAAAUUCUGA